CGCUUGUGCCGAAGUGGGCUUAGGCGGCUCUCGCUCGUGUGUUUCUUUUUUACUGCUGUGAUGUUGUUUGACUGUGUUGGUGUGGCGAUAAACGAAAAAAGUUUUUUCCACCUACUGGGGUAUAAAAACCGAUUGUAAAAUUACCUUUUAAUACAGUUUUCCUAGAGGUUUGGCGGAGUAUACAUUUCGAAGAGAUAUCCUUCGAGAGAAACGACUACCGAAGUUUGGUGUGCAGAGGGAUUUUACCCGUGCUGUUUCGUGGAGUGAAGUGUGACUGUUGCUUGGUGCAAAAGUGUUGGACAUUUGAGGAUUUCGAGUUAAUCGAUUUAAGGACACUCUGUUUCGACGUGCAAACAGUGAAAAACAGUGUAAACGAUAAAAAAUGAAGUACAGCAUAGUAUUCGUGGUCGCUUUGUUUGGAGCCGCAAUGGCCCAGGAAAGCUUCAAAUGUCCAGACGACUUUGGUUUCUAUCCUCACCACACAUCCUGCGACAAAUACUGGAAAUGCGAUAACAACGUGGCCGAGCUGAAAACUUGCGGAAAUGGUCUGGCCUUCGACGCGACAGACUCCAAAUAUCUGACAGAGAAUUGUGAUUACCUGCACAACGUUGACUGUGGUGACCGCACACAGCUAGAACCUCCAAUCUCCACUCCACACUGCGACCGUCUGUACGGUAUCUUUGCUGAUCCUGCCAAGUGCGACGUUUUCUGGAACUGCUGGAGCGGUGAAGCCUCGCGUUACCAAUGCUCUCCUGGACUGGCUUACGACCGUGAAGCUCGCGUCUGCAUGUGGGCUGAUCAAGUUCCAGAAUGCAAGAACGAAGAAGUAGCCAACGGCUUUGCUUGCCCUGCUGCCGGUGAAAUCUCCAACGCUGGCUCCUUCUCCCGACAUGCUCACCCAGAAGACUGCCGUAAAUACUACAUCUGCCUGGAAGGAGUCGCCCGUGAAUACGGAUGCCCGAUCGGAACUGUCUUCAAGAUUGGCGAUGCUGACGGCACUGGAAACUGCGAAGAUCCAGAAGAUGUUCCCGGAUGUGAAGAUUACUAUGGUGACUUGGACUUGAAAAGCAUCCGUAAGAGCGAACUCCUCGCCGGUCUCGCACAGGUCAAUUCGGGUGGUGCCCAACCUGCCAAAUCCACUUUCAAAUCCAACCGCCCAGCUGGAAAGGAAAACUAAACCAUAACUCAAAAAACCACACAACAAAUUAGAAACUGAAGCGUACUUCUAGAAGACCUAGAGACCUAGACGCUAGGGAACCGUAGCGAAACUAGUUUCUAAGAAGUAUUUAAAAAAAUACUACGAAAGAUCCUCCAACGAACAUCCUGCUUUUUGAUCAGGAGGACAAUAGACUGUUAUUAAAGUAAAGAUUUUAGAUAAGUGAUAGUCAGAGAGGAAUACUCAAAUUUGCAGAACUUUUACAAAAACCUUUAAAAAUCUAAAAAUACAUUUUUCUGGAAAGAUGUUUCGUAAUUUUACACUCAAGAGUAGAGAGCUUCGCUCGAUCACAGCGAACUCGAUUUUAAUUAAUUUAUUUUCUUCCUCUUAGUUAAGCAGACGUGAAGCACUGACUCAAACGUAUGCACAAACAGUGACAACACUACUUACCCGUCUCCAAUACUUUCCUCUACAUAAAAACCUCUCAAUUUUACUGUGUACACCGACUGAGGUUCGUUCCCUCAUAAAACAAGUUUCAACUUUUCUAUGAAAAAGAGAUUUCAUUUGUAUGUAAAAAUUGGAAUAUCAAAUGCCUUAUACAACAGAAGAAGAAACCUAAGAAAAGAAAAAUAAAGAAAAAUCGAAAAAA